CUCAUCCUCUCCCUCUCCCUCUCCCUCUUCCUGCUCGCUGCGGUCCUUUCGCCAUGGUCUUCCUCACGGUCUCCGCGGGCUACACCUGCGCCGCGCUCCUCGCGGGCGCGGCCACCGCCGCCGAGCUGGGCGGCCGCGGCGGUCGCUCCGUGUUGGACUUCUUGGGUCUGGGGCGCCGGCUCUCGCUGCUCCGCUCGGCGGAGAGGACGUUCCACUGUCAGCUGUGGAGUGGUUGCGCUUGGCGGCCCUGUGUGGUGGGGAUGUCUGGAGAUUUGUUGAUGCUCAGCAGUCGCCUCGUCGAGGAGGCACGGCUCAUGGAGAACGCCAAGGUCUCUGUUCAGGCGAGAGUGCGUCGAGGUGUUCGCCAACACGCGCAGGACGGCACCUAUGCUUCGGUGGCGCUCGAUCACUGCGACCCACUACAGCUUUGCUUCACCAGCGCAGAAGAGGCGCUGAGCUUUGCAUCGGAGGUGGCUGAGCGCGCGCAGAUGAAGAGAGACAUGUGGAAAUUGGCCGAUCAGGCCAAAGAACUCCGCGAGUGCCUCAGCAGCACCACCUUCAGCAGCGAUCGCUCCGCCCCGGCGCCGAAGGCGGCGCCGGAGGCGCAGGCGGCGCUGCGGGCCAGGUUGGCGGUGCCGAAGGGAGUACCGAUGUACACCUUGUCUCCCUGCGCAUCGGGUCACGACUUGCACGACGAGGUGCGCGAGUUCAUCCCCGGUCCCAGGGCAGUGCCAGUGCCGAAGACGUCCUCGUGUGAAAGCUCAACGAAAUCGUUGCCGAGGCCACAUAUCCCCAAGCUUCAGAUCCAACGUGCCAACAGCUGCCCCUCCCCCGGGCGUGGCAAGCUGGCCCUACCUCCGCCGGCACCACAUAACGACAGCGCGCACCGCUUGCGGAAGUAUCGCAGCGAAGGUGAAGAGGAGACGCCGGUGUCGCCCAGCGACCCGAACAGCUUCGCGUCGAAGGUCUUCAUGGGCCUGGGAUUGCACGCGGCCAAAGCGUCCCUGGUCGCCGAGAAGCGAGUGGACGUUUUGAAGACGAAGUUUGAAUCCAGCAAGCGCUCGUCAGGUUGCAGCUCCUCCCCUGCUAUUUGAGGCAUCAGAUUCUGCACAAAUUGGGAGCAGCGCGGACGAAGUGUGUGAGGAAAUUGAC